GUCAAAGUUUUCAGUCUCGUCAAACGGUUUGAUUCAGACAUAUUCAGUACAUUCUCGAAUCAUUUGAGGCACAUUUGGGUCAGUGGCUUACAAAACAUAACAACAAUUUCCAAAUUACUAUACGACUUGCAGUCACCAUGUUUCGCACUCUGCCAUUGUUCAAGACCGCCAUGAAAGUGGACAGUGCCAGGGAAGAAACUCACGCUAAUGUUCUGGUUUUUGUCGUCGCCUGUGCUCUGAUCCGAUUUAUACCGAUCAUCGUAAGAAAGAUAGCUUCCUAGAGAUGCCUCCUUCAGCACUAUCCUCUUUUUAAUGUAAAUGUCAAAAAUACAGAGAUUAAUCCUUUGACUUUGUGGAAAGUCAUUUAAUAGGAA